AUGGGUAAUGUGUUGGCUGCCAGUUCUCCCAGUCCACCUCCACCAGUGCAAGCUGGGCCAGGGUUGGUCUCUGUACCUGCAGGCUUCACCAUGCCGUCCGUCUCCCCCAUCUCUUCCGGUUCCUCUGGUCAGCAGGAGAGCGAGGCAGCACUCCCCAACCCUGGCGCUUUUGAGGAGUUCCAUAGAAAAUGCAAAGAGGUGUUUCCCAUGCAGAUGGAGGGAGUUCGGUUAACAGUCAACAAGGGCCUCAGCAGCUUUUUCCAGGUCAAUCACACCAUCAUGCUAAGCACCCUGGGAGAGUCCAGUUACAGAUUUGGUACUACAUAUGUGGGGACCAAGCAGACCGGACCUGGAGAGGCAUUUCCAGUUCUGGUGGGUGACCUGGACAACACUGGCAGCUUAAAUGCACAGAUUAUUCACCAAAUCAAUGGCCGAAUGCGCUCCAAACUUGCCUUCCAGACACAGCAACAAAAGUUUGUCAACUGGCAAGGAGAUGCUGAGUUUAAAGGAGAGGAUUUCACUGCUACAGUAACUUUAGGAAACCCAGACAUGGUGGUAGGAUCAGGCAUUGUUGUAGCUCACUAUCUCCAGUCAAUUACUCCGUCCUUGGCAUUGGGAGGAGAACUGGUGUACCACCGCCGGCCUGGUGAAGAGGGAACGGUAAUGUCUUUGGCAGGAAGAUAUACAGGUUCUAAUUUUAUUGCCACACUGACCCUUGGAGGCGCCGGUGCACACGCAUCAUAUUAUCACAAAGCUAACGAGCAGUUGCAGAUCGGCGUGGAGUUUGAAACCAGCGCUCGCAUGCAGGAAACGAAUGUAUCGUUCGGUUACCAGCUGGACAUCCCCAAGGCCAAUCUGCUUUUUAAAGGUUCUAUUGACAGUAACUGGGUAGUUGGGGCAACACUGGAAAAAAAGCUGCUGCCUCUUCCCCUGUCUUUGGCGCUUUGUUCUUUCCUUAACCAUCAUAAAAACAAGUUCCAGUGUGGGUUUGGCGUGACCAUCGGUUGAGCCGCCUGCUCAUAGUUCAAGCAAACAAAAGCUGAGACUCACACACUGCAACAUGGGGACACUCAGUGAACUAUCCAUUUUUUUUUUGUUUGUUUUUGUUUUUUUGCUUUAAUAUAUGACUUUCUCUCUGUCAGUAAUCCAGAAGAAUCCAGGAAUUAACUACAGUGUAAUUAUGUAUAGAGCAGAUACUGAACCAUAUUCCUGUAUAUGCCUGCAACAUCCAUUUCAAAAUAUUUCAGAAAUCAGCCGAUUCCCAAAAGUAUAGGUUUUAAGUGGAAAAACCUGAGCUGUAAACAGCCUGAUUAUCAUUAUAAUAAUCAAAACUGUUUUCAAAUUAGGAAUUUGACUGUAAUCAUGUUUUUUGUUUGUUUUUUUUGUUUCUGUGUCUCUUGUUUGUGUGUGGUGUUUUAUUUUUGUUUUAAUUUUUAUGGCAUUUUGAUUUAAAUUAAACAUUUAUUUCUUUCGUUGCCAGGUCCUCUUCCAUUUUUAUUUAAUUUUUUUUAGUAAAGCUACAUAAUAAAAUGACCCACUGAUAUGGUUUUAACAUAAACGCUUUUCAUUAUUAAACUUUUUUUUCCUUUU